AUGACUAACAAAACAGAUAUUAUUAAACCGAGGACAGUGAGAGUGUAUGAACUAGAUGAUUUUGAAAAGUUAUUAAAAGGAAUAAAAGUAGCAGCUUGUAUGAUCACAGAAUCUCAUCAAAUUGUUGAUGAAGCUAGCGUGAUACGUCGAUUGAGUGCUCUCACAUUAAAUGGACCUUCUGACGGAAACUGUUGCUCUUGCUGUGGAGUCGGACCAUUUGAAACACGGGCUCAACAAACAGCACACUACAAGCAACAUUGGCACACACAUAAUCUUAAAAGAAAACUGUUCGGAAAGUUACCUCUUAGUUUAGGACAGUAUAAUUCUAGACAAGAUGAUGAUCUCAGUGAAUCAGACAGUGAUACAGAAACUGAAGAUUUUUCAAGAAAACCUGCCACAGACUUGUUUGCUGCAGCAACAAGGCAUUGUAAGGCGUUUUUCACUAAUGAAAAAGGACAAGUGUUUUGUGUCUACAGAUGUAUAUUGCAUCAUAAAAAGGAGGAGCUUUCAACUGACGGCGAAGGUUUUGCAUGGGUCGAACGAUGUCAAAGGCUAGCAAUACCAGGCUUUCAGCGUUGGGCUGUACUUAUGGUGUCUGGCGGUAAUUUUGCUGGAGCUAUUUUCUCCGGUGGUGUGCCUGUGGUCCAUAAGACACAUAGAUCUUAUGUAACCAGGAGAGGACAAGGGCAAGCGCAGUCAGUGAGAGAUCAAUAUGGGAAUGCGCCCAAAUCAGCCGGUGCCAGCUUAAGGAGAUACUGUCAGGCACAGUUUCUGGAGCAUGUGCAAGAAGUUAUAUCUAAUUGGGGGAAUGAUUUGUUCGGUUGCACAUUCAUAUUGUAUCGUGCUGUUGGUUCUGUGAACCAGGCAGCCCUCUUUGGGAAGAAUUCACCGUUAAAGAGAGAGGAUCCUAGAGUAAGAGUGUUACCGUUUCCCACAAAGAAACCGUCUUAUAAAGAAGUUAAGAGGGUGCACGAAACUGUGGCCAGUGUAGAGGUUUAUGAUACGAUGGAACUGUUCCAAAAGGCGUUGAUAGCUUCUACUGGCAAACCCGUGACCAAGUCUAUGUCAGACACAACUGUCGAACGAGCUAAAAAACCUCAGAAAAGCCCCACCAAACCCAUCGAUAGAGCUAAGUCCAGAGAACGGACUCCACGUGAAUUACCCACACAAAUGAUGUCAAGCGAAGAUGAAGGACCUUGCUUUAUAGAUUCAGAGACACCCAAAGAUUGGAUCAAAAAACUAUCAGAACAGACCUUGAACGGUACAGUGAGUAGUUCUAGGAAAGAUCUCCUCAAUGAUUUGUCUACGCCUAGUCAUAUGGACACAGAGAGUGAAACUGACUGUGUGACUGAUAAGAAGGAACACGCCAAAAAGAAGAAAAAGAAGAAACCAGAAGAGAAGCAGGACAGCAAGCAGCAGAAGAAAGUGCCGCAGAAGAUACCGACUGAAAUCAAAAAGAUGUGGAAGCUGAUAUCGAGCGAUCAGAUAUCACUGGAGACUAUAUUUGAAAAUUGGGAGAGUGCUGAAUUGGAAGCGGCUUGUAACACGCAAGAUCCGAGCGAUGGAAACACGGCAUUACACAAAGCCGCUAUAGCGGAAAAACCGGAAAUGGUCACUCAGAUAUUGUCCGCCGGCGGUGAUCCGUGCAUAAGGAACAAUCAGAUGCAGACUCCUUACGCGGCAACGCCUCAUGCUGACACCAGGAUAGCGUUCCGUCUGUUCCAGGGACAGUUCCCGGCACAAAUAGAAAAGGAAAAGAAAGCGCAGCAGAAGCGGGCGAAGCGUCAACGAGACAAAGAGAAGCAAAUGGAGAAGAUCAAGACCGAUAAGUUUUUACAGCUUACCGACGCACAAAAGGUGAAAGCGGGAGAGCGUCGCUGCUUCCUUUGCGGUUCGUCGUUACCCAAAACACCCUUUGAAUACAACGCCUACAAGUUCUGUUCUACAAGAUGCCUUCAAAACCAUAGAAACCUUAGGCCAUUGCACAAAAGUGCAUAA